CCCCACUGGUGCCUCAUUUACAUUUAUAUACGCACCGGUGCGCUCUUUAUUGAUUGUACGCUUUUUACGCUGACGCCGACCUCGAGUGUAGUUAAUUUGUUGUGUUUGGAAUUUUAUACCGUUUUCGUUUUUGGUGUGAGAAAUAACUGCGUUUAUUUGCUUCAUAAUUUGGAUUAAGGAAUAAAUCAAAGAUCUCAAAAUGGCACUUGGAAGUUGUUACACAUGUAUUCGCUAUUUAAUGUUCGCUUUCAACUUUCUAUUUUGGUUGUUAGGAUGCGCCAUCUUGGGUAUUGGAAUAUGGGUGCGAGUUGAUGAAAACUUUGGGAAAUAUGUCAACAACAGUAACCACUUUGACCUCCUGUACACCGGUGCCUACAUUUUUAUUGUCGUCGGCAUUCUGAUUAUGGUCGUAGGCUUCCUAGGAUGUUGCGGCGCCAUUAGAGAAAACCAGUGCAUGCUGGGAUUAUUUUUCGCCUUGCUUUUCAUUAUUUUCGUCAUUCUGCUGGGAGCUGGUAUUUGGGCCGUUGUAGCUCGAGACGAGGUGGAAGGUAUUGUUAAUAAAUCUCUGAAUGAUGGUGUGAAAGGAUACUUUAAUGAAAAAUCUCCUGAAAGAGAAUUCAUGGAUAUUGUUCAAAAUGAUUUCAAGUGUUGCGGAGCAACAAAGGGCGGUGAUGACUACGGGGCGGACAAGGUUGGCAUGGUGGAAGCUUGUCAGAAAUAUACAGAGCCAUGUAAUAAACAGUUGUUUGAGUUUGUAAAGGAGAAUUUGGUCAUAAUUGCUGGUGUAUCUAUUGGUAUUGCAGUUAUUCUGAUACUGGGCAUGAUCUUCUCAAUGAUUUUAUGCUGCGCUCUACGUGAUGCUCAGAUUGAUUAGAUAGUGACAUCAAAAAACUUCCGAAGGAAAUGAGAAAAGUAUCGUUGUCAUCUUGAAACAAUGCGAUGAAAGGAAAUCAGGAAGACCUUCCAAACAUAUGUGAUACUUUUAUAAAACUGUGAAGGGUCGACAGAUCAUUAGGACCAUCACCUGGAAUUCUAAAAAUAGAAAUCAGGGGAAGACAAUAUAACUUGUUCAAAAACGUACCAAGAUUUUAAAAUGCCUUGUUAUUUUUGUAUACGAUUUGAAAAGAAUUUAAAAAAAAAUAGUAGGAAAAUUUAUACCAUAUUGUAGCAAGCAAUGGAAGUUUAAUUUUUGCUAACAUUUGAAUAAAUAUGAAAGAAAGAUACUUUAUUUUACAUGAUGAGGAGAAAGUAUGAUUUAAGCCGACCUCAUGUUUUUGAGACUUUAAGUUUAGUUAUAUUAUAAGAUAUGCUUUAUUCAUUGUAAUAUUCUCGCAUUCAUUACCCCGGCUGUAUAUUUUGUUUUAUAUUAUGCACUAUGUAUGUUUGCUUCUUUAUCUUUAGUGAUUUUAUUAUGGCAAAUACAGUACCGUAUUUACCUAAUUAAGCGCGCCUAUCAGCGGUCUUGUUCAGAUGCUGUUCAAAUGUUGUUUUUUUAAGAACAUAGAAGAUUGUGAUUUUAAGAAAUGUGAACGACUCAAAAAUUUUGUAAUACUUUUUCAGUGCUUACAAAAACGAGCUUUAGGACUUAAAUAAUUAAGAGCUUAAUGUAAACAUUUUCGCGUGCCGUGUUGCGUUCUUUUUUCUGACGGCAGCUAUACUGAACUUUUAUGCAUCACCUUACAUGUUUUUAGAUUUUUUCUCUCUUUUUUUAACUCGUCUGUUUCGAAGAUAUUGAUUGCUGCGGCACCGUCGUCGUUGAAGUCGCCGUUGUCGACCUGCAUAACAUUCCUGUAGUCCUUUAUUCAAACAUUUUAAAAGAUAACAAAAGAUAACAACAUGAAACUUGGAAUGAUUGUUUAUCAGUUGAAAGACAAGGGGAAUAAUUUUGAAGUCAAUAUUUUUGGGUUAUGCCCCUUUCAACUUUUAAUUUUCAAAAGACGAGUGUUAACACCACAUGCGGUGUUCUUGUUUAAUUGUUAAAUGUUUUGUUUCAUUUCUGACUCAACUGUUAAAUUCUGUUGAAACUAGUCCUGCUGUACGCUUAGCCAAUUCAGUUUUGUAUUUCAAAAUUGAAAAUUUUGAUUUUUCAUUGCAGACGACAAUUUUGAUGAAUGUUAUAAAUGUUUCGCCGUACACUUGACUCGUCGAGUGAAUUUUCGAGUGAACAUCGGAACUAGACAAUUUUAAAUGAGAUAGAUUUAUUCACAGACAUAACCUUUCGCAAAUAUUAUAAAUACCAAACAUGCCCUUUACAAACAUGUUACCUGCAUCUCAGCUGUCGCACCUGCAUUUUUUCCAUUCACUUAGCAUUAGUGAUUCAAAUUAGGUUUCACACCACUAUUGAGUUUCAUGACACAGUCAUGGUCUUUAUUUUAAAAAUUGUAUAUAUUUUCUUACCCCAUUUCUUGCAAAAAUAGCUUGUAGAUUCCGUUUUAAUCGUUUAAAAACAUUUUUGUUCACCAUUUGUAUUUGCUUUCACAAUUCACAAAAUCAGGAUAUUUUCGGGCAAAUUUUAAAGACAAUUAUAAAUAUGCUUUAUUUAAUUUCAGUCACAAAUUUAAGAAGUAAUCAUUCAAAUUCUACGGAUAAAAAAAAUAUAUCUAUGAUACUUAUAUUGAAUCACGUGGUGCUUUAUUCUUUAUUUUUUAAUAUAUUUUUUUGGCUUUAUGGGUGCGUGUUUUAUUUUUAUAUGUUUUUUUGGAUACCUUUUAUAUUCGCCUGAUUGAAUGAGUCAUCACAAAUAAUGUACAUGUAUACUCAUUAAAGUUACAAGUGUAUAUUUUCAUCUCAUUAAUAUGUAUAUAUAACAUUAAAUUAUAUUUGCAUAUAUGUAUAUAUAACUGUGACUUAUAUUUGCAUAUAUGUAAAUAUAACAAGUGAAUUAUAUUUGCAUAUUUGUAUUUUUAGCAUAAAUAUUGAUAAACUUUGAAAAGUUUUUUUUUACUUUUAUUAUAAGGUUGCAAUGUUAUAUGUUAUAGAGUUUAGAUAUGUGUUUUGUAGCUUUGUUGUUUAAUGUUUUAAUGUAAACUAAUAUUCUGAUAGUACAGUUCCAAAAUAACUAACCUUACACCGAUAAUUUCUUGAUGGAAUAUCUGCGUCAAACAUACCGGUAAAAAUUCAGGAACCAUAAGAUUUAAAAUUAACUCAAUGUUUCGGUUUAAUGUAAAAGUAUAAAUAAGUAGACAAAACUAUUGGCAAAAAGUCUUUUUAACUUCAGGAGGAAAAAAUUGGUAAAAUUCAAAGAAAUAACAUAAUUAUAUGUUGCAAUCAGAAAGAAGAAUAGGAGAUAAAUGGGUACACCAAAGUUUGCAAUCGUGUUUUUAAAUUAUCUCUGAAAGUUUAACCCACCCACCCAAAAGCGAAUAUAAAUUCAAAUAAAUUAAGUGUUUCACUUACCAGAUGACAGGAUUUUCGUUGCUCUAUGUUGUAUUGGCGCUUUUAUGAUUGUAUAAGACAGCUCGGAGAUACAUAUUACAUUAAUAUAAAAUCUCUGACAAAAUGGAAGUGGCUAAAUAUACUGAUUUUAAGAGCUUAUUAUGUAACAUUUAAAAAUAUUAUUGAUAUAUUUUAUUCAAAUGAAACAGGCUGUCUAGUUUAGGAACAAAUAAAGAACAAACUGUAAAGAACAAAUAUUAUUUGGGGAAUUAGUCGCAAACUGGACAAAAAUAAACUGCGCAUGCGUUAUGUUCUUAUCCGGAAGUUACGUUUCCCCUAGCAAAAUGCUUUCUUUUUUUACAUUUUGACGAAAGUAACAUGAGAGCGUAGCCCUAUAAACUACUUUUAGAGACCGUUCGAGAAAGUUUAGACGAAAUUUAUACGUGUAAAAGUUGUUUUAAAUUUUUUUAAGCAUUUCCAUCUAGAUAUGACUACUUUGAUAACAAAUUGAUGAGUUGAUUUUUUCGUGAUCUAGCAUUAUUCAUUUUAUUUUAUUUUUAAUAAAGGCCUAUAUUCUUGCAAAUGAUAGUGAAUUUAAAAGAUCUAUUAAAUUUUGAAAUGUUAGAGUGCGUAGUUAGUUGCCUUUGUAUAUGAUCAUAAUAUUAUUAUUGUAAUUUUUAUAUAUGUAAUUUUAUAUAUGUGUGUUUUCUGUAUUUUACGGCAAUAAAUGUUCUAUAAUA